CUUCCUUCAAGCAAUAGCUGCAACUGACCGAAGGCUUAAACAGCCAGGACCCUGAAACAGACUUCCUUCGAGGUCCCGUUAAACGCAUUGUUCACGCUGCCGCUUAGCCACGUCAAUUAUAGCAAGGAUUUAAAACGUAAAAUUACAAUUGAUGCUACAUUAAGAGGGCCAAGUAGAACUCCACUCGGCACCGUGGUCUUCGUUGACUUGCACAAUCCUUUAAAGACAUGCAAUAGCAUCUAAAGUUCUUGGUAUCGACCAAAUAGAUAGCCGUCAGGGCUAGGGGCGCGUGGAGCAACGAUGGCGACUUCGACGCUAGCCCCUAGGUUCAUCUUCGGCUUCCGGGCGGACGUGAAAGAUAAUGUCCAUUAUGCGGAGGACGGGUCGGUGGUGUACCCAGCGGGGCACAACAUCGUGCUCUACUCCCCGGACACCCGCACGCAGCGCCUUAUCCCGGGCACGCUGGAGAGCGAGGGGAUCACGGCAAUAUGCGUAUCCGCCAAUAAGAAGCUCAUGGCAGUGGCCGAGCGCUCCGACAAAGCCAUGAUUAGCGUGUACGACAUGCAGACGUUAAAGCGGCGAAAGGUGCUGGUGUCCACGGACGCUGGAUCAAAGGAAUACGUGAGCCUGUCAUUCAGCGGCGAUGGAAAGACGCUAAUUGCUCAGGGCGGCGCGCCGGAGUGGAACCUGGUGCUGUGGGUGUGGGAGAAGAGCAAAGUGGGCAGUGUGGUCAAGACGACCAACCAGCAGGGCGUGCCCAUGUUCGGGUGCGCCUUCUCGCCGGGCGACUCGGCGCUGGUGAGCGUCAUCGGGCAGGGCAUCUUCAAGCUGUUCCGUAACGCGGACGCGGGCCUCAAGGCAGUCAACCCGGUCAUGGGCAAACGAGACCCGGGGCUGGCGUCCUGCCAGUGCUGGGUGCCGGACCCGCCCGGCAGCAACGAGCAGCGGGAGCGGCUGCUGCUGGGUAUGAGCGACGGCGAGGUGCUGCUGCUAGAGGGCACGGACAUGAAGGCGGCGUUCUCGUGCGACAACGGCCUGCCGGCCGUGUCCAUAGCCGCCUACUCCAAGGGCUUCGUGGUGGGGCAGGACGGCGGCGUGGUCACCAUCUUUGAGCGCGACGAGAAGGAGUUCUACCGCCGCGCGCGCGCCUUCACCAUCGAGGGCAACGCCUGCAAAGUGCUCAACCUGGCCAUCAGCCCCAACGAGGAGCACCUGGUGGCCAGCCUGGAGAACAACCAGGCCUUCACACUGCUGCUCAGCAACCAGGAGAUCAUGAAGCAGGACGAGAUGAACUUCGAGGUGUUGGGCACGCCCAACCACGCCGGCCCCAUCACCGGCUUGGACGUGUGCGUGCGCAAGGCGCUCAUUGCGUCAUGUUGCUCCACAGACCGGUCCGUGCGGCUGUGGAACUGGGCGGAUCGGACAUGCGAGCUGUACCGCACCUUUGCCGAUGAGAUCUUCUCCAUCGCCAUCCACCCGACCGGUCUGCAGGUGCUGGUGGGCUUUGCGGACAAGCUGCGGCUCAUGGCGGUGCUCAUGGAGGACCUCAAGGUGGUCAAGGAGCUGGGCAUCAAGGGCUGCCGCGAGUGCUGCUUCUCCACAGGCGGCCAGUACUUUGCGGCCGUGAACGGCACCACCAUCUCCAUCUAUAACACCUACACCUGCGAGAACGUGGGCAACCUGCGCGGCCACAACGGCAAGGUCCGCUCCGUGGCCUGGUCGCCGGACGACUCCAAACUCAUCAGCGCGGGCAUGGACGGCGCGGUGUACGAGUGGCGGCUCAAGGACCUGAAGCGCGACAAGGAGCACGUGCUCAAGGGCUGCGCCUACGCCUCGGUGCUGGCCACGCCCGACUGCAAGCUGCUGUACGCCACUGGCACCGACAAGAAGAUCAAGGAGUUCGAGGACUCCACGGGCACGGGCACCACCAUCUCCAAGGAGAUCGACACGGGCGGCGUGAACCUCACGCAGCUGGCGCUGCUGCCCAACGCGCGCGUCAUGUUCGCGGCCACAGAGGCGGGCGGCGUGCGCACCUACAAGUACCCGCUCACAGGCGAGUUCCAGGAGGCCAAGUGCCACGCCGCGCCCGUGUCGCGACUGCGUGUGUCCUGGGACGAGUCGCUGCUGGUGUCGGGCGGCGAGGACGGCUCCGUGUUCGUGUGGGAGGUGCGCGACAAGGACGCCCGGGCGGCGGCGCGGCGGGAGCAGGAGAAGUUGGAGUACGCGGUGGAGGUGCUGGUGACACGGUCCGAGCUGGACGAGAAGCGCUCCCGCAUGUCGGAGCUGGAGCAGCAGGUGGCGGAGCUGACCAUGCAGACCGAGUACCAGCUGCGACUCAAGGACCUGCACCUGCAGGAGCGCGUCAAGGAGCUCACGGACAAGUUCAGCGGCGAGUCGGAGGCCGACCGCCAGAAGUUUGAGGCGCUGCUGGCGGAGAAGAACGAGAUGGAGAUGGAGUACGAGGACAAGCUCAAGCAGGCGGAGGAGCGCAGCCAGGCGCAGCUGCAGGCCCUGGACACGCAGUACCAGGCCAAGAUCAUGGCGGAGGUGGAGCGCUACCAGGCGCUGAUGCAGGAGAAGGAGCUGCUGGCGGAGCGCUGGGACGAGCAGAACAGCCUGCUGGUGGAGAGCCACGAGCGCGUCAUUGCGGAGCUGACCGAGGACUACGAGGCCAAGCUGGCGGAGGAGGCGCUCAAGAUAGAGGCGCUGCAGGAGGAGGCGCUCAAGAUAGAGGCGCUGCAGGCGGAGAAGGCCGAGCUGGAGCGCGAGUUCGAGGAGAUCAAGAAGCAGCUGGAGGAGGACGCCGACCGCGAGAUAGAGGAGACCAAGGAGAAGUACGAGCAAAAGCUGCAGACGGAGCGCGAGACCAGCCUGCGGCUCAAGGGCGAGAACGGCAUCAUGCGCAAGAAGUUCAACAACCUGCAGAAGGACAUCGAGGUGUGCAACACGCAGAUCAAGGAGCUGUACGAGCAGAAGAAGGAGCUGUACGCCACCAUUGCCAGCCUGGAGAAGGACAUUGCCAGCCUCAAGCGCGAGAUCCGCGAGCGCGACGAGACCAUCGGCGACAAGGAGCGGCGCAUCUACGACCUCAAGAAGAAGAACCAGGAGCUCGAGAAGUUCAAGUUCGUCCUGGACUACAAGAUCAAGGAGCUGAAGAAGCAGAUCGAGCCCAAGGACCUCGAGAUCAGCGAGAUGAAGGAGCAGAUCAAGGAGAUGGACGGCGAGCUGGAGCGGUACCACAAGACCAACGCCAACCUGGACCUCACCAUCUCCAACAUGCACCUCAAGCAGGCGGGCCUCGCCAACGAGGUCACGGACCAACGGCGCGAGAAGCAGGACGCCUACGCGCUCAUGCGCCGCUUCCAGCACGACCUGCAAGAGGUGGUGGGCUUCCUGCAGGAGCCCAAGGUGCUCAAGGAGAAGGUCAAGUGGCUGUACCAGAAGCACUGCGGCGAGCUGCAGUCCGGCCCGGCGGAGGACGGCGACGUGGAGCGCGAGGCGGCGCGGCAGCGGGAGUACCUGGAGAAGACGGUGGACAGCCUCAAGCGCAAGCUGGCCAAGGACAGCGAGCUGCACCGCACAGACAACCUGCGCAUCAUGCAGGAGAACACGGCCCUGAUCAAGGAGAUCAACGAGCUGCGGCGCGAGAUCAAGGCACUCAAGGGUGCGGGCCUGGGCGCGGUCGGGCUGGGCAAGCCCGGCAGCGCCAACGGCGGCGCGGGGCGGCCGGGGCGCGGCAGUCCCGACGCAGCGGCUCAGGAGCUGAGGCGGGAGCUGGACAUGCAGCGAGACCUGAUCGCGCGGUUGCGGGAGGAGAUGAUGAUGAAGGAGGCUCGCAUCAAGCAGCUGGAGGCCAUGGUGGUGCCGCGCCCCAUCAGCCGCGAGCGCCUGCCGCCCAUGGAGGGCUUCAGCGGGGCGCCGCAGCAGCCGCCGCCGCCCUCCGUGUCAGUAGCCUCCUCCUACGCGCCGCCCACGGGCAUGCUGGCAGGCGGCGCGGGUGGGCCGCCGGUGGGCCUGCCGCCGCCGUCGCCGCAGCGGCCGGGCUCGGCGGGCGGCGGCGGGAUGCGGGACAGCGGCGGGGUCGUGAACUCGGGCGCGGUGCUGGCGGGGGCGGCGAUUGCGGCAUCGAUGGGGCCGGUGCGGGAGGACAGCGGCGAGGGCUACGAUGGCGGGGCCGGCGGCGGCCAGGAGGAGGGAUUUGAGGAGCAGGAGGGGGAGCUGGAGGGGGAGCUGGAGGGGGAGCUGGCAUAAGCUGUAGCUGUGGGAGGCUUGGGCAGGUGGGGGAAGGGGUCACGUUGGUCGUUGCAUGGAGCGGUGGUAGGUAGGGAGAGCGGCGAAGGUGGGGGGCUAGUCGCUAGAGGCACGUGCGUGCGGCGCGCGCGACAAGCUGGGCCGCAGGCGGCCAGAAGGACCGGAGGGAGAAACGGCGAGGACUGCUGGGGCGAAGGGCGCUCGUGGUGAUACUACCAAUGGGCGAGGAUAAGGCGAUGUGGCUCGAUGCAAGGGCUAGGAUGAGGUACCGCAUACGGUACGUGAACCGUACGUGCUGUGCGGGUGCUGGUAGGGGUCGUGCGCGCGGUGUGCGUGCCGGGACUGCAGUUCAACAUCUUUCAACGUGUUUGGCUUAAACGAGUUAACGAGCGGUGCUCGCCAACCGGUUAACACGCCUCUCUUUCUUGCGAGUCCCUAUGAACGUUUGAACGUUUGUGCUGCAUUGCCCCGAGACCCCGACCAGCGCCCGGUAUGGCAGCGGUGACCUGAGCCAGUAUCCCUUUGUGGAGAUUGCGCCCAGUUUACACCGGGCACGUGCAUUAUACAGUGCGCCCAGGUCCUGCCGGGUCCGUGUUGCGGUGCUGUCACGGCGUGACAGCCCUCCCCUGCAGCCCGACCCCCACGCCAUCCAGCGCCAGCGCGCCAUCUAUCGUGACUACUGGGCCUGACCGGCCUGCGCCCGUGCAUUAGUCGUAAUGCUCCUCUUGACCGCAUCUGUAGGGAAAGGACCAAGCUGCGACCAGCGUGAGCCCGGGCCUAACAUGCCGGGCGCCCAUGGCACGGUUAUGCUCCGGAAGGUUGUACCAGCGGCCUGAGCUACUAAGUGGAA